AUUUAUUUAUAGGGUGACUGUCGGUCAUACAGCUAUGUUUGUGGGAUCUCUAGUAAAGAUGCUCCACACUGGGAGUCUCUUAUGUUUCUUGCCAGGCUCAUACCACGCAUGUGCCACAACAUAAACAGAGUUGUGUAUGUGUUUGGUCCACCAGUUAAGGAACCUCCUACGGACGUCACCCCCACUUUCCUGACGACGGGAGUCCUCAGCACUUUACGUCAAGCUGAUUUUGAGGCUCACAAUAUUCUCAGGGAGUCUGGUUAUGCGGGAAAAAUUAGCCAGAUGCCAGUAAUACUGACACCGUUGCAUUUUGAUCGGGACCCCCUCCAGAAACAACCUUCCUGUCAAAGAUCUGUGGUUAUCCGAACUUUCAUUACAAGCGAUUUCAUGACUGGUAUCGCAGCGACUCCCGGUAACGAGGUUCCGGAAGAGGUCGUGUUAAAAAUGGUGGCGGAGAUUAAGAAGAUUCCUGGCAUUUCUCGGGUGAUGUAUGACUUGACAUCAAAGCCACCAGGAACUACGGAGUGGGAGUAAUUAACUUUUUUUUCUAUCCAAGUACUGUGUGCAGUCUAAAUCAUAUCAGAAACCAUUCCCAGUGUUGACAUGCAGUACUGUGAAAGAGUGACUGGAGCUGCUACAUCGCGUCAGAUUCCUCUCCUGGAGCAUACACCUGCGGUUAAGAGCUGUGCUGGGGAUAACAACAAGUGGGGCUGAGGAUUCGUACGGGUACACAGUCGUGGCAACGAUGCCGGUGCGCAGGCAGAUUCCUAUUGCUUUUGCCUUUGUUUUACUGAUUCUUCCUGUUUUCAUGUGGUUUAUUGGUAACUGUCAUUUCAAGGUCUCUUAGUUUUUGUACACGGUGUAAGAAGAGACGGUUUAUUUACUUCUACCAAAAGCAUUGUUACAGCCUGAAAAUGUAAAAUGAGUUCUUUGUGACCAACUGCUUUUGAACGGAUUUAUUAUAAAUAAAUAUUUUGCCAAAUG